CUCUGGUUGCACUCUCUUGUGGGGAAAUCGAAGGCCCGCGUCGCCAUCGCGACGAGACGAGACGAGACGAGACGAGGAGAGCGACGAGGAAGAGGCCGACGAGGACGACGAAGUUUCAUGAAGUCGAAGGGGAGCGAGACAGCGACAGAGGCAGAGGCAGAGGCAGAAGGGCGAGGGGCGAGGGCAGGUGCUCGGCAGGCAGAUAACAAUUGCGAGGGCGGAGGAGGGCGACGACGAGCAGCGGCAGUGAUGCGCAUCGCGGGGAGGAACUCGGGCGCUGCGGAGUUGAGUAGAGUGGAGUAGAGCGGAGGAGGAGGAGGAGGAGGAGGAAUUUGGGCCUGCGAACGAUGGUCGUGCGGAGGAUUGCGACGAAGCAGAAUCGAGCGUGGCCCGAUAGGUCGGUGGAGAAGUGAAUGGUGAUUCGCGACGCGCGGUCGGAGGUGUGGUAGGAAUUCAGGCAGGCAGGCAGGGAGGGAGGGGUGAAGGGAGAGAGGGAGGGAGGGAGAGCGAGCGAGGAGGUUUUCGUCAAUUGGCUGCGGACAGGGCGAGGCCGCUGAGGUUUGGCUCGGCUCGGUUGCAGGGCAAUGUUGUUGCGGCCAGGGUUGUGAAGCGGACGUUUAGAGCAGCACGAUGAGUGGACGUAUGCACGGUUUGAAGCGCCGAGACCCAGACGACUUGGUGCUGGAUCUGCAGAAUGUCAGUCUUUCGCCGUCCAAGAAAUUGCGUGUUUAUGAAACAGGAGUAUCUAGUGUUCCUGGAUCGGGAUCAAUUUUCACGACUCCUCAACCAGCAGGGGAGGCUCCGUUCAGCCUUCUAAAAGGUCCAUCAGCUACAGCGCUACCGGUGUCAACACCAUCCACACCAUUGUGUUCGGAUACAGUGUUGUCGCCUCCACCAUGUCCAGCAUCGGAGCAGAGAGCCCUUGUGCUGUACAGACCAGUGAAUCCCCCUUUAUUCCCCGGUGGUCCUCCAUGUGGAUCAGUGGACCUCCCACUUUCACUCAAAAUGAAUUCGUCGCUGCUGCCAAUACCUCAGGGUACCGACACUGGCUAUGAUUCCAGCUGCUUUGAGACAACCUCCUCUGAUUUGGCUAGUCAGUCUCCUUUCUAUAAUGACAAGGAUACCCCCUCUGGCCAUGGCCUCUUUCAAGCGCUGGACCUGUCAGGUGGGCCCUCAAUACCUUUGGGGCUGAAACGGCUGAACAGGGUUUCGUCAUGCCCACGUUUUUCAUCUGCAAUGGAUGAUCUACCCAUGAUCGAGGAGAUUGACGACAAGGCUGCUCAACAAUUGCAAGUGAUACCUUGGGUGCCGAACUCUACUGCUGCUCUACUUGCAGGCACGAAACCAAUAAUCGAAGAAAUUGAUGAUGUGCCUCUCAUCACUCCUGACAUGGAGGAAAUGGCGGAUGGCGAGUCCAUGGAAUUAGUGAGUGACGACAUCAUCGUGCCAGAAGUGGACACAACAACCAUGGGCGGGCAGUUUGGAAGCCCGUUACCAACUUUCAGUGCUGCUCCCUGGCAGCAAUGUGAAACACUCCAACCCCCGUUCACAAAAGUGAUGUGGUCGCAUUAACUUGAUUGAGGUCGAUGAUAGUGAUAUCAAAGCUGUUUCGAACAGGUGUUAUAUUGAUGUCACGUUGUAGCACCGAAGCUGGAGACAAGUCCAUGCGACCUUGACCUUAGCGUAAUUACCGUGGAGGCUUCGGUGCAGCCUUAGAUAACGUACUCAGGGAUUGCUCUCGCCCUACAGGCGUAAGAACUCGUGGACAGGAGGAGCAAGCAUUGUUUAUAGGUUUCAAGUUCUAGUCAAGUUUUAGUCUGAAAGGUAUUCUAGGAUCUUCAGCAAAGAGAUUGUGAGAGGCAUUAACCUGCGAAAUCAUGUGAUGACGCGAUCUCACUGAAAAACUUCAAUCUGUUCUUUGACGAGAGGAAAAGUUUUGCAAAAUCAAGUAUAUCGAUAGCCUGGAUUCCAGGUUUUGAUUCCCACCUGUUUGGAUGGGAGUCACGUUUUUGACGU